AAUAAAUGGGAGACAAAGUUGUAUUAGGAUAUUGGGCUAUAAGAGGUCUUGCUUAACCAUGUAAGAAUUGAAUCACUAUUUAUAGUGAGAUUCUAUUUAGAGUAUCUAGAAUUGCCAUAUGAAGAUAAGAGAUACUACAAACCUGAAGAAUGGUUUAUUGAUGUGAGUUCUGCUCCACUCAAUCAACAUGUGCUAGUUAACUUACCUUACAUAAAAGAUGGAGAUGAAUUAGUUUUUGAAAGUUAAGCACUCUAUGUUUAUUUGGCUUAUCGUGCAAAUAAACCAGAAUUAUUAGGUUAAAAUCCAAAGGAAUAAGUAACUCUAGCAUCUGUUAGAGGAGUUUUGUAAGACUUAUUUAAAAGUUUGAUUUCAUUAUUCACAAUUCCAGAAGAUCAAUAUGAAGCAAGGAAGGAUGAUUUCUUCAAUUCAGAAGUUAUUUGGAUUGCUGAAAAGUUAAGUAAAUUCUUAGAGAAUAGAAAAUGGGCUGUGGGAGACAAUUUAACAUAUAUAGAUUUUUAGUUAUUUGAAGCCGAAGAAAUUUUAAGAAAUUAUAAACCAGAUACUUUUACUACUUUAGUAGGAUUAAAAACACAUAAUGAAUCUUUUGCUAAUUUACCUGCAAUCAAGCAUUAUCUAUCUUCAGAUAAAAUGAUUGCUCGUCCAUUCUAUCCACCAGGAAUGUAUAGAUGGGGAUGAGUA